UAUUACUGUAAAAAACAUUGACCAGCAUACGCGUUCAAUCUCCGUCGAUGGAAUGGAAAAUAUAACGACGAUAUCAUUGCCGGAAGACGAAUCAUUCAUAGAUAAAAACAUCGUUGAUGCUCCGACAUCAGUCCUGGGCAAUACGACUAUCACGACCCCGGGAAGUAUGGUCAAUCCGACAUCGACCUCCAGAGUUGGGAGUGUUCCGCCAACGAUGGAUAUAAUUGAUAAUGAUGUCACAGUUGUUAACACCACUAGUCAUUUGGAUAGCAAGGUGGAAAUCGCCCACGUCUGGGCUUUGUGGGGCGUGGUCAUUGCAGCUGGUGUGUUGGUUGUCGUUAUAUUACUCGUUCUUUCCUUCCGCUGCUUCGCCUUCGCGCGGAAACCGAAGCCUCACGAGGGCCGAAAACCCGGUCGACGUAUCUCGAGAUUUCGGCCAGGGACGCCCAAACCCACCACCCGGUCCGGAGCGGUGAUGGCAGACCAUAAAAGCGUGAGGAAGAACUUCUUUCACAGUCUAGAGCGAGGGGACGUGCAAGCGCGGCGUCAAGAGGCGACGCGUCGCUGGCUCACCGGCAACCUGUCCACGUCCUUACAGUACAUCGACGGGUCAGGAAGCGGUGGUCAGCAAAGUCAGAUCGGCCUUGAAUGCAUCCCGAUGUACGAGACAUCGCAUCGGCACACAGGCCUAGAUCGAAUCCCUGAGAAUAGAGAAGUACAGCAGGAGUAUACUUUCAUUCGAUCCCCGAGAGAGCAUGGCAAAGCACACGUAGGACGCCCGAUCUUACAUCGUCACUCCAACGACAACGUCAAUGAAUUCGUCCGCGUCAUCCCGCUCAAUGUUAUCCGGGAUGAGAACGCGAACAUCGCUCUGUCUCCGACGGAUUACCAUCAGGACCACAACCAUUACCCGCGACCACGGUGGAACACUGCACGACGACCGGUCACCCAUUCCCGCGUCUUCCCUCACGCCGUCCGAGCAGUGUCUUCAGAACCACCACGAUUCCCGACGAGCAGACGACAUUAUAUCAUAGACGGCGGCAGAUAUCCCGAAACCAGAGGACAUAGCAGAAUGCGACAUGAGGCAGGUCAGAGGUUAAAACAUCCGAAGCUUCCCAAGUUCAAUCUUGCAGGCGAGGCCAUCAUAACAUCUUCUGACCCAAGUGCGAAUGGAGGCCCUAAAGGUGCUGAAUUUCCCUCCAUAUGGGAUGAAUUGAGCUUUGAGAAUACAGUAUUUGAGCCGGCGACUACGCCAACACCUCGACUCGUAGUACCGACCAACUCACCGGAGACCGAAGACUCCUCAUCGCAUUCACAGGACAGCCUUAACGGAGUUAGUGCCGGAUUAAGUCAGUGUAACGUGUCCUCGGAUGCCAGUUUGACGGUUACAGUUGGAACCAAUCCGGCGUACAAUAAUCAACAGACCCGAUUGGCCAAUUAG